AUGAUAACACUUGGACCUUAUUCUGAUAACACCUCCAACCACCACCACCACCUCCUCCUCCUCCUCCUCCAUGCCCGAUCCCCUCUCUUCCCCCUUUUACCUGUGCUGCAGCCUCCUCCCACCUCCCCUCCACAUUCCACUGCCGGGGACGCCAGGGGCUCGUGCCUCCGACGCCGGGGCCGUGCUGCCGCCCGCGUAUCUCUCCUGGCCUGGCAACCCACCGCUCCGGAGCGAGACCCGCGCGGUUCCCCUGCGCCCGGCGACCUUUCACCGCCGCCAAGUGCCCAGUCCGGCGUCCUCCCGCCGUGGUGCCUCAUCCCCCCACCACCCCGCACCCGGCUUGUCUUCCUCAAAGGUUGUGCACCUUCCCCAUGUGUCGCCGGUGACGAAUCGGGCUGCCGGCCACCCCGCGCCGAACCGGCGGCGGAUCGGAACUCCAUCGCCAGCCCACGCCCGGCCGACGACGGAUCCGAGCACCCCCAUGCCACCCUGUGCCCAGCGCACGACGGAUCCGAGCUCCUCUCCCACCGGAAGCCCAACCAGCUUUGCUGUUUCAUGGUAUGCGGUUCCGGUGGUGCGGGCAAGCAGUACACGGUUGCGCCUGUGUCCAAGUGGUGUGGUCCGGCUUCCGCGGAACAUGUAGCUCGCUAUCUCAUCGUACACGGUUCUAGCGGCGCGGGCAAGCACUACACGGCCACACCUGCGUCCAAGUGGUGCAGCUCGGUACUCAUGUCGGCGCAGCUCACAACAGCAAAAGGCUUGGUCUCUACUAGACUGGAAACAAUUGCAUCUUGCUUCCACAAAAUGGUAAUAAUACAAGGAGUUAUUUGGACCAUGUAGUGUUGUCACCUGAUAAAGGGAUGGGAGUUUCAGGCUGAAGAUAAACAGGAUGGGUACUUUGCUCAGUUUCAGUUACAGCCACGUCAAUGAUUCAAAAUAAAGUCUCACACAAGAUACGGAACCCAAUCCCAUAUAGAGGUUGCGUGCAUGCAUUGCUAGGCUGCUAGACACUUGGACUUGUGGAAUUCCUAAAAAAACUUCGACUUGUGGAGCCAUGGGCUGGGCAUGCGAAUGCAUUGGACAACUUGUUCGUGGCUGAACCGUUCUCUUUCUUUCUAGCAAUGCAUGCACGCAAUUUUACAGGGGCUUGGUGCUUUUCCUUGUAACCCCCAUGCAGUUCAUAAAGUUGUGGCUGCUUAGAUUCGCAGCGCACUGCACAGUUGCCCAGGGAUUCUCAAGUUUUGUUUGUGUCUGUGUGUUGGUUCAUGUUUUUUGUGUACUUGUGAUGUGCAAGUUUCUCUGUUUCCUUGUACAUAUGUUCCAUUCGUUUGAAACCCCUCAGUGAUUCACUUUGUGAAAAAAAAUGUACAGAGGGGUUCACUUUUAUUAUUUUUGGAGUUCCUUUUGCAA